UAUUAUUGAACAACUUAAUAAUAAAGAAAUUUUAAUUCCUGAAAUAGAAUUUGACUUGUCUUCUUUAAAUGAUUAUUUAUCUAAUAGUCAGAAAAGUAAAACGAUUGAUUUUGAAGGCAUUCCAAAACCAAAGAAUGACAGAAAUAUAGAUUAUAAUGAAUAUAAUGAAAACGUCGAAAAAUACACGCGCCACAAAAUCGCAACUAAAAUUACUUCAAGCAAAGGUCA